CAAACAGCAUUGAUUUAUGAUGCUGUGAAAUUAUUUACCAAGGCUCUUGCUGACCUUGAGACCAGCAAAAGGAUAGAGUUUUCUCCAAUAUUCUGUAAGUCGGGAGAGCCAUCGGAAGAUGCUAUUGGAACAAGUCUUCGGAACCUCAUGAAACUGAUCAAGAUACAAGGAUUAACAGGAGAAGUAAAGUUCGACCAACAAGGAUAUCGUUCAGAUUUUAAUUUGGACCUUCUCUUUCUGUUCGAUGAUGGACUGAAGAAGAUUGGUACGUGGCAUCCGAACUAUGGAGUAAAUAUUACUGUGAACGCCUCGGCUGAGUACAACUCAUUACUCAUGCAGAACAAGAGUUUAAUCGUUACCACAGUGAUAAAUCCCCCCUACACUAUGUUGAAAGAAUCGGCCCAGUUGCUAGGAGGAAAUGACCGUUACGAAGGAUACUGUGUGGAUAUCAUUCACGAACUUUCUAAGCAGUUAGGCUUCAGCUACCGGUUUAAACUGGUUAAAGACAAUGCUUACGGUAUUAAAAACGAGGAGGGAGAAUGGAACGGUAUGAUUGGAGAGUUAAUUAGAGGGGAAGCUGACAUUGCUAUUGUAGACCUCACAAUUAGUAGCUCUCGAGAGGAAGCGGUUGACUUCACCAUGCCAUUCAUGAACACUGGGAUUAGCAUAUUGUUUAAGAAACCCGUUACUAAGGUUACAUCCCUAUUUUCAUUUCUUUCACCCUUUUCAAUGGAAGUUUGGAUAUACAUGAUGGGUGCUUAUAUUGGAGUUUCGUUGACAUUGUUUCUAGUAGGAAGACUUAGUCCGUAUGAGUGGGGCAAUCCUCAUCCAUGUCGUCAAGACGACCAGGUAUUGGAGAAUAGCUUCAGCCUGCUUAAUAGUUCGUGGUUUACUAUUGGUUCACUUAUGCAGCAGGGUUCUGAUCUAGCACCAAGAGCUAUGUCAACUCGAACCAUUGCUGGAAUCUGGUACUUUUUCACUUUAAUUAUGAUCUCUUCUUACACUGCCAACCUUGCUGCUUUUCUGACAGUUGAAAAAGUUGUUUAUCCAAUAGAGAAUGCCGAAGAUCUCGUGAAGCAAACUAAAAUCAAAUAUGGUUGCUUGGGAACAGGAUCAACCAAGGCCUUCUUUAAGGAAUCCAAGAUUCCAACUUAUCAGAAAAUGUGGAAACAGAUGGAAAAAGAUCCUAGUGUUUUCACUAAGUCCAACAGCGAGGGAGUUGAUCGUGUCUUGGAAGGAAAUUAUGCCUUUCUAAUGGAAUCAGCUUCCAUUGAAUAUAGAGUGGAGAGAAACUGUAAUCUAACUCGGAUUGGUGGUCUACUAGAUUCAAAAGGUUACGGAAUCGCUACCCCUAAAGGGUCCCUCUAUAGAACACCUUUGUCCAGUGGCAUACUCAAGCUUCAAGAAAGCGGGAUUUUGCAUAUCCUCAAGGAAAGAUGGUGGAAGCAAAAGAAAGGAGGAGGUCAGUGUGUUGAAUCAAAAAAAGGCUCCAGUUCUGUUCGAGAGCUUGGUCUAGCCAACGUUGGAGGCGUGUUUGUAGUGCUUCUGGGCGGGUUAGCCAUGGCAACGGUUGUGGCAGUGUUGGAAUUCUUCUGGAAAGCAAAAAAGAUGGCAGCAGAAGAUAGAGAACCUAUUUGCAAGGAAAUGGUGAAAGAGUUAAAGUUCGCUUUGACGUGUCGGAGUUCUACCAAACCAGCACCCAGGAAGACUGGAUUGGAGGCCAACAGCGACUUCCCACACAUAUCAUCCAUACCUAAUUUUAAUACUGUUUAUUCUUAAGUUUUGUCAGAAACCAACAAUGCGAACAGUGGAUUAACUAGUAUAUCCGUAUUCGUCGUAUUUUACAUACCAAUAUUUGUAAUGUAGACAUUUUCGUGAUGGGCACUGCAGAGGAACAUAUAGAGAGUGUAUGAAUCAAGAUUAACAUUAGAUGUUACUAAAGACGAUUUAACGUGUUAAAACCCAACCUGUCCACUGGAUUGUAUGGCUGUUGACGGCUAUGAUCGUCCCAUAAAAAAUUGAAGUGUACUGAUUCAAGAAUACAAAAAUGAGCUUAGGCAGAU